AUGGUCACGGGCAAAUUUUACACGAGCCACUGGUGCUUGGAGUUUGCUGCAGAGCUCAAAAUGCUUACUCCCAUUCAGAGGGAAACGCGAAAUCUUAUAACAACGGACGAUCUGGCACAACUUUUGAUCAACCAAACGCCUCGUUUGAAGGAUCUAAAGAGUGACGAAGUGCACACCAAGGAGUUUCUGGACGACGUCGUACUAAGUAUUGCUGUGGAAUCGACACGCCAGCUCGCAGAACUAUCUCUAAAUGCCAGUGUUUCCGGCGGAGACGAGUUCGUUCCUUCAGGUGUCUAUGUCGCCGUUGGAGCUGAGGCUCGAGACAAACUCAAAAAUUAUACUGCAAGCGUCGACUUGGUGGUCCAAUUCUAUGACAGAUUGUUGGCGGCGGAUGCGAUCACACUCAAGUCUCUUGUUUCAGACGAGAUUGAAUGGCGGUUUCAUGGUCCUCGGCUUUCAAACAAGUACAUGAUGAAGCUGCUGACUGGAGAAAAGCGGAUAGGCAGCGUUUCUUUCGUGCCGGAUCACAUCCACAGGAUUGAUUCAACCAGAGCCGCAGCUCAAGGGCAAGGCUGGCUUCAUGUCUGGACCGUGAAUAUUGACACUGGCAAACUCACACACCUAAGUGAGUAUUGCAAUACCAUCAUUGAAUUUGGACGUGGGGAUUCGACUUUAGUUCUCGGUCAGAGUUCGGACGUGGAGAAAAGUUUUCCUGUGCUUGUCAUACCAACAAUGUAUAAGGAACCGCAGAAACUUACUGCAGUGAGCAUUGCUUUUGGUUUUUUCGCGUUCUCGGCGCAUUAG